CAUUCUGGAAAGUUUGUUACUCCUUACCUGUACCCUCCAAAGUUAAUAUAGCAUUAGUAAAGAUUUGAAAAAAAAAAAGAAAUCGAUUCAUAGAGGGCGUUGUUCAUUAAGUCUUUUCGUCAUCAGAUGGCGUAAUGGUAGCGACGACUUGCGUCCCGUCUUUUUUAUCGAGUAAAAGUGAAAUUGAGGUUGUAAUCAGAAAAUAUUUUAUUAUUAAUAAUUAUAAGAUAUAAGGGUUUUAAAAUAGAGGAAAAAAAGAAAAAGAAAACGUAAGAAAUAAGGUAUAGUGUUAUACUUCUGUUACUUUAUUUAACGAAGCUUCCGUAUUUAUGUUUGAAGAAGAGAAUGUAAUUGGCGGUUUCUACUCAUGUACGAGUGCUUCAGGAUAUAAUCUUUCUAUUUAUCGUUAGAAAAGAUUUAACUAUGGCGGUUGGUUCAACAAAAGUAGUGCAAGUGACGAAUAUUGCACCCCAAGCAACUAAAGAUCAAAUGCAAACUUUAUUUGGUUACUUAGGGAAAAUAGAAGAUAUUAGAUUAUAUCCCACUAUAAGGGAUGUAGCAGUGCCCGUACAAUCACGUAUAUGUUAUGUUAAAUUUCAUGAUCAAGGAUGUGUUGCAGUUGCUCAACACAUGACCAAUACAGUUUUCAUUGACCGAGCUUUAAUAGUUAUUCCUUAUCAAAAUGGAGAUAUUCCAGAUGAACAGAGAGCGCUUGAAUUAACCAACAAUGGCACCGUUGUACCAGGUUUAUAUCCUUCUGAGCCAAAGCUUCCACCAAAUGUUGUAAAUGCAAUUGAAGGAAUUCCUCCUAAUCAUGUAAUUACAACAAUGGAUCCUAAAUUAGAAGCUCAUGGUUUACCACCUUAUCCACAUUUACCUGGCCAUUUGGAUAGUAGAAGAAUUGAGGAAAUAAGGAGAACAUUAGUGAUAGCCAAUUUAGAUGCUUCUACAACUGCUGAACAAUUGCUUGAUUUUUUUAGCAAUAAUAACGUUGAGAUUAAGUACUUACGACUUUGUACAAGAGAUUCUGAUACAGAUCAUUAUGCAUUGGUGGAACUUACUGAACAAGGAGCAGUGGUUUCUGCAUUAUUAUUAAAUGGAAAAACCCUCGGUGAUAGACACAUUAAAAUUUAUCAUUCGACGCAAGCAAUAGCUAAACCGGAAGCUAAAAGUAAUGAAGCGGCUCAAAAAGAAAUAGAGGAAGCUAUGUCACGUGUUAAAGAAGCUCACAAUUUGAUUUCUGCAGCGAUAGAUCCAAUGAUUGGAAUGUUGUCCAAAGAUAAACGUAGUCGCAGUGGUUCACGCAGUAGAAAAUCAAGAUCUAGAUCACGUGGUCGUAGUAGACGUUCUCGAUCGCGAAAAAGAUCACGUUCACGACACCGACGUUCACGUUCGCGUCAUCGACGUAGAUCCAGAUCCCGAUCAAAACGUUCUCGUUCCAAGGAACGUAGAAGAAAAUCGCCAUCACGUAGAAGAAGUGGCUCUCGUAGUCGUCAUCGUUCACGAUCACGAUCAAGAAGAUCUAGAUCACGUAGAUCUCGAUCUAGAUCGAGAGAUCGUAGAAAAAGAUCACCGAGACGCAGGAGUCGUUCGCAUUCUCGUAGUAAACGUUCUAAAUCUAAAUCUAGACGGUCAAGAUCUAAAUCUAAAUCUAGAACAUCUAAAUCGAAGUAUUCUGACAAAUAUAAGGACAAGGAUAAAGACAGAGGUAAGGAUAAAUCUGAUAAUGGUAAAAAAAGUGACGGGGAUAAAGGUGACAAGGAAAAAAGUGAAAAGAAAUCCAAGGAUAAAAAGUCAGACAAAGAAUCAAAGUCAGAUGAGAAAAAUAGAGUUACAACUGAUAAUGAUAGUAAAGAUAAGGAAUCUGUAUCUUAAAUUUGUCAACAAAUUUCAUUGAUUAACACGUAUUUUUAUUUUUAUUAUUAUUUGGUUCUAUCAUUUCAAUUUACAU